AUGAGGGGAAGAAGUGCUCCUGCAGGAAUCCAGAGUACUGCUCAGUCAAGGAGAAGAGCCAGGAGCAACACAGCAGCAUGUGCAGCUCAGGCCAUUCGGGUCCUGCAGAACAGGCGCACUCCAUCUCAGGAGGAGCAGGACACCAGGUGGGAAGGGCCAGCAGUGUCCAUCCACACCGCAGGAAGAUACCAGUGGAUGGUCUUCAGCAUUGCUUACAGCCUGACAGCGGCUGUGCUCUCCCUCCAGAGACGCUUUAGCACAGCCAUCUCCAUCCUGAAUGUGCUCACUGAGUGCCAGGAGCAUGUUGCCCAUGAGCUGCAGCAGCUGAGGGCUGAGGUGUCACGCAUGGCUGCAGAGAUCAUUGCUAUGAAGAAGGAAGCUCAGGAAAUGCAGGAGGCCAUGUCUGCAACCACGUGGAUGUCUGACUGGGCCCUAAGAAGUGCAGUGUCUGCCAUUCAGUUGCAGAGAUCCUCCAGCAGCCCUUCAUGGCUCUGCAGGGUGUUUUUUCUCCGGUGUGCUGCCCCAGUCCAGGACACCUUUGUGCAGCUGGACUAUUCCCCAGGAUACUGCUGGCCUUUCCAGGGGAUUCGGAGUGAGGUGCUGAUCCAGUUGCCCACACGAAUACAGCCAAUGGCCAUCACCUUGCAGCACACCUCCAGCACAGGCUCUCCACCGGGGAUUCGUGGUAGUGCCCCCCGAGAUUUCAGUGUCUAUGGACUGGAUGAGGAAGCCAAGGAAAAAGUUCUGCUGGGCACAUUCACCUAUGCCAUACAGAAGGAGCUGAACCAGACCUUCCCUCUGCAGCAUGAGAUCCCCAGAGCCUUUCGGUUUCUGAAACUUGACAUAUGGAGCAACUGGGGAAAAGGAGACUACACCUGCAUUUAUCGAGUGAAGGUGCAUGGGCAGAGCAUGGGAAGGAAUGCCAUCAGUUAG